UCACAGCUCUCCUCUCCAAAUCUCAUCUUCAAUCUCCUUGUGUCACUAUCAAUGAAAACCUCACAUCAACAACACUAGAAAGACUCAAUUUUUCACUCCAUUGAAAGAGCUUUGCUUGCCGGUUUAUAUUCUUCUCCAUUAAAUAGUUUGAAAUAGGCAUUGGAUGGCUUAUAUUCAACACAGCAGAAAUGCCCUCCGACAGAUUAUUAAAGAGGGCGCUGGUCGUGCAUUCCAUCAUCCCAUAUUGUAUGCUUGUCAAGGAGUCAGAUAUAGACGAUUGGAAGUUAUUCUCACGACGAAAAUAGAAAAGCUUGGAAAUGCGGGAGAGAUGGUGAAGGUUGCACCUGGAUAUUUUCGCAAUCACUUGAUGCCCAAAUUGCUUGCAGUCCCAAACAUUGAGAAGUAUGCUCAUCUCAUCAGAGAGCAACGCAGGAUUUACCAACCUGAGGAAGUGGAAGAGGUUAAAGUAGUCAAAAAGACUGAGGAUGAUAAGUUGAAGGAAUAUGAAAAGGCAGCAAAACGCCUAGAGAAUACUCGACUGGUAUUGCGGAGGUUCCCCAAUAUUGAAAAAUUACGUUCUCGUGAAUCAAAAGAUGACCCAAUAGAAGUGCGCUCUCCUGUGACAAAAGAGGAGAUUGUGGCUGAGGUGGCAAGGCAGCUAUCGGUAGUUAUUGAACCUGAAAAUCUUCAUCUACCGUCUCCUUUAUCAAUUUAUGGAGAGUAUGAGCUGCCUUUGCGGUUGCCAAAGUCCAUCCCCUUACCAGAAGGAAAAGUUCAAUGGACGCUGAAAGUUAAAAUCCGGGGCAAAUAAACAAUGAUGAGAGGAAUCCAAUUUCAUCUGAGGAUUUUUUUUUUGUUUUUGUUUAUUUCAUUGAUAAUAAUCUAAAUGAUGAGCUAGAUACUUCAAAAUUUCGGUGACAGUAUAGAUACCCUCAGAAGUUAGUACGGAGUGUUGUAAUGUCCAUGAUUCCUUUUGUAAUGAUGAAUUAUUUUUCUUAUUAGUGGUUAAUUUCAUUCCUGCAA